GCCGGGAGAGAGAGAGCGAGAGGCUGCAAUCUCCUCCCUGAAUCGCGCACAGCGCUGCAGAUCCCACAGCUCCGACAUGCGGGCCGAAUGCAGGUGAGGAAAGGCACGGACUCUGCGGCUGCUAACCCAAACUUGGGCACCGCGCGGGCGCACGGUUCAACCCUCGCCCCCGCGGGCGAACGGCUUCUGCGGUUUCAGGCGGCGGCUUCGUGACUAAUGACCUUGCGCAGAGUUGUUAAGAAAAAAGAGAAACCCGAGCUCUCAGAGGGUGAGAAGCGACUGACUCCGGGUGUCUCUGAAGAUGGCUCUGGCUGCUCUUUGGCGCGCCGGGGGAAUCCGGACGCGGACCGCUCUGUGACGCGAGUAGUCUUCACUGCACCGUGCCCGAAGCGACCUGCUGGGGAUUUUUUCAUUCUGUUGACUGGCUUCUCCUCUGCCUGAGAGGAGUCAGAGUUGAGACUGGCUUGUUGCUGGCCCCGGAGCUUCCUGCAGGAAGCGACUCACGUUUGCUUGGGCAUCCAUAGCCAGAGCAGGGGCUGGGUCUAGAGUGAGUGGCUGAACGUGAAUUGGACUCAACUCGAGUAGCAGCAAAGACUAGCGUGGCUGGCAGGCGGGGGAGGCUGUAUGCUUGCUACCCGCGGCUUCCCGGUUCCACCGCCAGCCUGCUGAAGCGAUUCUGGCCCCUUCCGACAGAGCGGGGAACCGAGCCGGGGAUCCUCCUCCCGCUGCGGGGAUGACUCUGGGGGGGGGGCGCCCAACCCGCGGCGCGCAAUGUCCCGUGAACUGUGAGUACUGCGACUGAACCGCGGCCGGCGAGCGGGCGAUUAGCACCCAUUGCAUGAAUUAUGAAACAAUAACUUUCGGAAGAAGCAGGAGGAAGAAAAAGAAGGAUCUAUCGCUACCCCCACCCCAUAGGCCGACUCUACAAGCUGCUUUUGCCCCCUCCUUCCCCUUCCUCUCGUUCCUUCCUUUCCCGGAGAGGAGAGAGGACUGGGGGAGGGCAGGCGGCCAGCCCCGGAGGAGGGGGGCGCCGAGGGGGCUGUGGUUAGAAGGAACAGUAGCAGCAGCAGCAGGAGAAGAUGCUGAGGAUGCGGACGACGGGAUGGGCGCGCGGCUGGUGCUUGGGCUGCUGCCUCCUUCUGCCGCUCUGGCUCAGCCUGGCGGCGGCCAAGCAGCUCCUCCGAUAUCGGCUGGCGGAGGAGGGCCCCGCCGACGUCCGGAUAGGCAAUGUCGCUUCGGACCUGGGCAUCGUGACCGGCUCGGGUGAGGUGACUUUCAGCCUUGAGUCGGGCUCCGAGUACCUGAAGAUCGACAACCUCACCGGUGAGCUGAGCACAAGCGAAAGGCGCAUCGACCGCGAGAAGCUCCCCCAGUGUCAGAUGAUCUUCGACGAGAAUGAGUGCUUCCUGGACUUCGAGGUGUCGGUAAUAGGACCCUCGCAGAGCUGGGUGGACCUGUUUGAGGGUCGGGUCAUCGUGCUCGACAUCAACGACAACACGCCCACCUUCCCGUCUCCGGUGCUCACGCUCACGGUGGAGGAGAAUCGGCCUGUGGGCACGCUGUACCUGCUGCCAACCGCCACCGACCGUGACUUUGGCCGCAACGGCAUCGAGCGCUACGAGCUGCUCCAGGAGCCCGGGGGCGGCGGCAGCGGUGGAGAGGGCCGGCGCUCUGGGCCAGCCGACAGCGCCCCCUACCCAGGGGGCGGCGGGAAUGGCGCGAGCGGCGGCGGCCCUGGAGGCUCCAAGCGGCGGCUGGACGCUCCAGAGGGCGGCGGCGGAACUAACCCUGGCAGCCGCAGCAGCGUGUUCGAGCUUCAGGUGGCUGACACCCCGGACGGCGAGAAGCAACCGCAACUGAUCGUGAAGGGGGCGCUGGACCGCGAGCAACGCGAUUCCUAUGAGCUGACCUUGAGGGUGCGCGACGGCGGCGACCCGCCUCGAUCUUCCCAGGCCAUCUUGAGGGUGCUCAUCACCGAUGUGAACGACAACAGCCCUCGCUUCGAGAAGAGCGUGUACGAGGCUGACCUGGCUGAGAACAGCGCCCCUGGGACCCCCAUUCUGCAGCUGCGCGCCGCCGACUUGGACGUGGGGGUCAAUGGACAGAUCGAGUACGUGUUUGGGGCGGCCACCGAGUCCGUGAGACGACUACUGCGCCUCGACGAGACGUCGGGAUGGCUCAGUGUCUUGCACCGUAUCGACCGCGAGGAAGUGAACCAGCUGCGAUUCACAGUCAUGGCCCGCGACCGUGGGCAGCCCCCCAAGACAGACAAGGCCACCGUGGUUCUCAACAUCAAGGAUGAAAACGACAACGUGCCGUCCAUUGAAAUCCGCAAGAUCGGGCGCAUCCCCCUUAAGGACGGGGUAGCCAACGUGGCAGAGGACGUUCUGGUCGACACCCCUAUUGCUCUGGUACAGGUGUCAGACAGAGACCAAGGGGAGAAUGGGGUAGUGACCUGCACAGUGGUGGGCGAUGUGCCCUUCCAGCUCAAGCCGGCCAGCGACACAGAGGGCGACCAGAACAAAAAAAAGUACUUCCUGCACACGUCGGCUCCUCUAGACUAUGAGACCACCAGGGAAUUCAACGUGGUCAUAGUUGCGGUGGACUCUGGCAGCCCAAGCCUUUCCAGCAACAAUUCCUUGGUGGUCAAGGUUGGAGACACCAAUGACAACCCACCGGUCUUUGGCCAGUCAGUGGUGGAGGUUUACUUCCCAGAAAACAACAUACCUGGCGAAAGGGUGGCUACUGUGCUGGCAACAGACGCUGACAGCGGAAAGAAUGCAGAGAUUGCCUACUCGCUGGAUUCAUCGGUGAUGGGGACCUUUGCCAUUGAUCCCGAUUCUGGGGACAUCCUGGUCAAUACGGUGCUGGACCGCGAGCAGACUGACAGGUAUGAGUUUAAAGUUAACGCCAAAGACAAAGGCAUCCCUGUGCUGCAGGGCAGCACCACGGUAAUUGUGCAGGUGGCUGAUAAGAAUGACAACGACCCUAAGUUUAUGCAGGACGUCUUUACCUUUUAUGUGAAAGAAAACUUGCAACCCAACAGCCCGGUGGGAAUGGUCACCGUGAUGGAUGCUGACAAGGGACGGAAUGCAGAGAUGAGUCUGUACAUAGAGGAGAACAGUAACAUUUUUUCUAUUGAAAAUGACACAGGUACCAUUUACUCUACCAUGUCUUUUGAUCGGGAACAUCAGACCACAUACACUUUCAGAGUCAAGGCUGUGGAUGGGGGCGAUCCCCCCAGAUCUGCCACAGCCACAGUCUCUCUCUUUGUGAUGGAUGAAAAUGACAAUGCUCCCACAGUUACCCUUCCCAGAAACAUUUCCUACACUUUACUGCCACCUUCAAGUAAUGUCAGGACAGUAGUAGCUACAGUGUUGGCAACAGACAGUGAUGAUGGCAUCAAUGCAGACCUGAACUACAGCAUUGUGGGAGGGAAUCCCUUCAAGCUGUUUGAGAUUGAUCCCACCAGUGGUGUGGUUUCCUUGGUGGGAAAACUCACCCAAAAGCAUUAUGGUUUGCACAGGUUGGUGGUGCAAGUGAAUGACAGUGGGCAGCCUUCCCAGUCUACCACCACCCUGGUGCAUGUUUUUGUCAAUGAAAGUGUUUCAAAUGCAACUGUGAUUGACUCUCAGAUAGCCAGAAGUUUGCACACCCCACUGACCCAGGAUAUAGCUGGUGACCCAAGCUAUGAAAUUAGCAAACAGAGACUCAGUAUUGUCAUUGGGGUGGUUGCUGGCAUUAUGACAGUGAUUCUAAUAAUUUUAAUUGUCGUGAUGGCAAGGUACUGCAGGUCUAAAAAUAAAAAUGGCUAUGAAGCUGGCAAAAAAGAUCACGAAGAUUUUUUUACACCCCAACAGCAUGACAAAUCUAAAAAGCCUAAAAAGGACAAGAAAAACAAAAAAUCUAAGCAGCCUCUCUACAGCAGCAUUGUCACUGUAGAAGCUUCUAAACCAAAUGGACAGAGGUAUGAUAGUGUCAAUGAGAAGCUGUCAGACAGCCCAAGCAUGGGGCGAUACAGAUCUGUUAAUGGUGGGCCUGGCAGUCCUGACCUGGCAAGGCAUUACAAAUCUAGUUCCCCGUUACCCACUGUCCAGCUUCAUCCACAAUCACCAACUGCAGGAAAAAAACACCAGGCUGUACAAGAUCUACCACCAGCCAACACAUUUGUGGGAGCAGGAGACAACAUUUCAAUUGGAUCAGAUCACUGCUCUGAGUACAGCUGUCAAACCAAUAACAAGUACAGCAAACAGAUGCAUCUACAUCCAUACAUUACUGUGUUUGGCUGAAUUCCACUCUUAUAUGAUGCUCCAUUUUGCACCAUACUGUGAUGACCUUGCUACUCCGAAACCUGCUGGAGCCUGCCCUUGGCCGUGGGGUGUCAGCCAAUCACUGCAUGUUCCACUUGUACAUUUUAUUUUCAACUUCUUUUUCCCUCUCAUUUAAGAAAAAAAUAAUAUUAAUUUAAUAAACUUAUAAAAGAGACAGUAUUAAUACAGAAAUUUGCUACAAGUAGAUUCUAAAGUCACCAGGAGUUCCAUUCUAAAAGGGUUAGCACCUAUAUCCUAACAGUGAAGUCAUUAGAAAAAAAAAAAAGAAAAUCCAAACACGUAAUUCAACAAUAAUUUUAAACGUGGGCUUUGUGUGAACAAAGCAAAAUUAGGUCUGUUGUGUGUCUAUACAUUUGUCUACAUUAAAGACUGACUUUAAAUAAAAAUCUAAAUUAAUAUUUUUGAAAUGUCAUGAGAUCACAGCUUGUUUUUCAGGCCAGAUAGUUAUGUUAGAGGAAAAAAGAGUCUUUUGAUUUUUCUGUGUGUGCACCUCUAAAUGCCAUUGUGUGUAUCUGUGUUUGUACCCAUACCUGUAUAUGCAAAGACUUUGAGCAGUAUUUAUAAAAAUGUUAGUUAUGAAACAAAUUUGAGAGUUUGAUUUUGUAUUUUUUAUCACAGCAUUGCUAUAGACUGAUUUUUCUGUAAGUCCUGAAUUAUUGACCAAAGUAUGUCUAAAAUUUUCAAGGCUUUUUUUUUUUGACAAAUUACAUAAGAAAAUUUCAAAAAUGUUGGCUAAAUUCACUUAAGUCACUUUAGUUACAUUGAGAAGGAAUAUGUGGCUUCCUGUUAAUAAAUUUAAUGGAAGGCUAUUCUAUUUAAUGUCAGAUGGCAUAAACUCCAGCAGUUCUAACAAUUCAGCAUGCUGCACUAUUGGGACGGUGACUGGAUUUUAGUUGUUUGAAAGUCUAGUUAAGUCAGGACCUCCUCUGGAUGGCCCCGUAAUUCUCCAUGUUUAUGUAUUUAUGUGUUUAUUUGUUAUGUUGUAUGCAUUUAUGUGCUUAAAAACAAGUAUUCUAUAUGUAAAGUUUGAUUAUUUCAUAUACAUUUACCACAUCAUCUGCCCUAUUAAAAUUUGCUACAAGAUUGGAAAUUCCAAAGAAGAAUGCCAAAUUUUUAUGAUUUUUGUUUUGUUUUGUGAAUCAAAGUCAGUCUAAUAGCCCUUUUGGAAAAAAAUAAAUAAAUACAGGAAUGCCAUUAAAACGCAAAGUAAUAGGAAAUACAUUAUUACCCAUGCAAAUCCCAAAGGUCUGCUAGUGGAUUUUUAUUCUAUUAGCUAUUUAUUUAAACCUGCAAAAGGGAAAUUGUCUCAAGUAUCAUUGAGACAACAGUGAAAUUCCUCAAUAAAACUUAAUUAUCCUCAACCUCUCAUUUUGUUUUGAACAUAAGGGCCAGUACAAGAGGCUGGCUAAAGAACCCUUACUACUUCUGCUUCUUUCUUCAUCUCAAGAGGUAAACUUCCUCUGAUCAACUUGAAGUGUGAAUCCUGUAACAAAUCAGAUCCACUCAAAUACUAGUUAUUAAAAAAAAAAAAAAUCAAAGUCCAAAAUUUGUGGUUCCUUGAAAGUACAAUUCAAGGCGUAGAGGUAAGAUUUAGGAAUACCUUCAUACAGAACAUUCAGAGUUGGCAUUUAGGAAUAGGUUGUGAUACACUCUUGGAGGAUUCAUCAAUUUAUCGGGUUUCUAACCAUAAGUAGAAAGAUAUGAAACAAAAUAGAAAAAUCUGGAGUACAUGGCCAUAGGAAGAAACACUUGUCUUGGGUAGACUUUUUGUUUCAGUUGUGUUUGUGUGCCUUUGAGUGUCUUGUUCUUGGUUCCUAUGUUAAAAAAAAAAGAAAGAAAGAAAAAAGAAAACAAAACCAAAAAAUAUAUGACUAUACAUAUAUAUAUGUAAUAUUUAUAUAUAUAUGUAAUAUAUAUAUAUAUAUAUAUAUAUAUAUAUACACACACACACACACACACACAUACACACACAGGCACAUAUUUAUCUAUCUAUUUCAUGGUGGAAACAGUUUGAGAAUCGUACUCUUCACUGGGGUAGGAAGUUAAGACUGUUUUCUAUUGUGAUUAAAAUAUGUAAUAAAUCAAAGCAAAAAAGAGGAUUUUAGUGCAUUAUUCAGCUGAAUCAGAAUAAUCAAAAGUAUAGUUUUUAUAGCAGCAUUAACCAUAGCAAAAUUUUUUUUGAGAAAUUUUUUUUAUCACUUCCUUGCUUCUUGUGUGUGUGUGUGUGUGUGUGUGUGUGAGAGAGAGAGAGAGAGAGAGAGAGAGAGAGAGAGAGGAGAGAGAGAUUGGUUCAAGACAUAGACUUUCACUGUUUCCCCAUACCCCUGCUCCUGAUUAUUGUUACCAAUCUCAGGUCUUUUGAUCAGUCUCUGUUAUAAUUACUGGAACUUAUGAAUAAGGAGAUAACCCUAUUGAUUUUAGUAUUUGAAUAUUUUAUUUUAAAUUGAAAGACAAUAAUUAAUUCUCCCUUAUAAAAUCUAAGGAGGAACAUGGUAAUGCUGGUGACCAGUUUAUUUAGUUCAUUCAUUAAAGUUUUUUCUUUUAGUAGAACUUAUGUCAGCCCUGGUCUUGGUUAUGCAAAGAGUAAUGAGUCUUUGCCCUCUUAGAAUGAAUAUAUUAGAAAGAAGAUUACAGAACAGAAAAAUGAUGAUUUUUUUUUUUAUCAUUCCUCUUACAUUUCAAUGUGUUGGAUACAUGUUUGCUCACUUGUUACUCAGAAAAAACUGUGAGGAAGAACACCAUUAUUUUUCCUGAGAUGAGGAUAGUGAAGCAAUGAAGGUUUUUAUGACUCUGAUGGAAUUAACUACACAACUUUAUAAAAUAUGAAAAAAAAUAUUCAGUCAGAAUUCAAGAGUACUAAAAGCACUUGAAGGAAACUUUAAGAUUUGUGGAGUUUUUUUUUUUUUUUUUUUCUGUUUUGUUUGUAGUGAUUGGGAUGGAACACCAGGGACUCAUGCAUACCACACAAGCCUAUCACCACUGAGGCACAUCCCCAGGACAAGACUGUUUUUAAAUAGAGUUUUCUUUCAGACUUCUCUGCACAACGUCUUCCCAAAACAGAGUCAGAAUUCAAGAGUUCUGAAAGUAUAUGAGAAAAGUUGUAAAAUUUGCAUUUUGUAAUAGGGUAUAUUUUCCAGACUUCUCUGGACAAAAUCUUUGCAAAAAGAAAUCUUUAAAAAAACAGGCUGUUUUUUAAAUGUUUCCCCCCACCCCAGAAGUCACACACUGCACUUCAUACUUUAAAGGAAGGAAGGAAGGUAGGAAGAAAAGGCAUCGUGGGUGUAAUUUGGGUGUCUAAUUAAUUAACUAGAUGUGUAUAAGUGAUUUUUAAAAGAACCCAAUCAAGAAUUAGGCAAAUUGCUUUAACCCAAACUUUAUUUUUGAGACAUUUUUUGGAAAACUUAUGAAGGUCCUUAGGAAGUGCUACUACUAUUAAUACUACCUCUCAGGGAAUAAAAUUUUAUCUCUACCUUUGCAAUAACUUUCCUUUGAUGUGUGUGAUUCUUAAAUCUCUUCAUUUCAUAGAUAGCAUAUUGUUUUGCUCUAUCUUUAUUACACAGUGCAAAACUUUGGGAAGGAGAUAAAAUGAUUAUUACAAGGUCCCUACCUUCCAUAGAUGAGACAAUACAAAAAACGAUACACAUAAAACGGGAAAUACGUGAAGGUCAGAGUGACUGCCCCUACAUUUGUCUUGUCCAUCAUCAUAGUAUUUCCUCAUGCCCAGGAUCAUGCCCAAUUUACAGGAGACACUCAUAAAUAUCUGUUGAACAAAUGAACAAAAGUUGUGGACCUUGAUGCUAGGUAGCCUGUAGAUUGUAUCUGGAAUUUGGCAUAGCCACUUUUUUUAUCAGGUUCUGAGCUCUUCAGGAACUGUUACUCUCCCUGCUGGGAGGGUAUACCAUGAUGAAAGGUUACCUGCUGGGUUGGCUGGAGCCCCAGUCUCCACUUCCUAAUUUAUGCCUCUUGUUUCAGUAGCAUAUGAAUAAUUCUCUGAUUUCUCCUUCUUCCUUCUUGGUGGUGGUGUAAACACCAGACCCUUAAAUAAGAUAAACUGAAGCAAAUGUUUAAGGCAAGUGAAGGAAGCACUGGUCACCCUGAAGAUUCUGUCUUAUUUUGAGGGGAUAUAAAAGAAGAACCAUGCAAGCAUAUGGGUUUUCAGUAUUUUUCUGGGGAUCCUUAUCUGGGGAAAAAAUAGAUACAUGUACGCCCAAACACAUGCACAAAUUUCUGUGUCUGUCAAUUUAUAUAUUCCUGCAUAUUUUAUUCACUCACUGUGCCAACUCAUGCUCACUGAUAAAGUUUCCAUUUUCAUUCAGCCCUUGACAGUCAUUUUUAAAAGGUGAUAUGUCCAGCAUGUCUGUGAAAGGAAACACAUACUCCAUUUACUAAAGAAAGGCCUAAAAAGGGAAUACACUCUUAGUUCAAAGUGGUGGGCAGUGAGACAGGAGCAGAGAAAUGCCUUGCAACACAAAAUGACUCCUAAGGAGGCUGGAAAGGCCUGAGGAGCUCCUCUUUGAAAUCGUGAAUGACCUGUGACCAAUGUCUGUUUCAGUCUUUAGCUCACCCAGGUGCAUAUUGCUAAAAGAUAACUAAGUCAGCACAUUGCAAAUAUCAAUAAUCCUUAAGAAGUAGGAAUUUUGCUUGGGGCAUAGAGGAAAGGUGGGCAGCCUUUCCCAGCUUGGAAGACAGAGGAGUCAGUUAAAGCACUUAGUGUCUCCAACUCCAGUAUUGAGUCAGGAGGUAGGGGGAUUACAUCUGAAAGGACCAUUCAGGCCUGACAAAGGCAAAUGUUUGUGGCCUUGAGUUUUGGCCCUGGAGAAUUUAAGGAUUCCACUAAAUGUCAUGGCUUGAUAUGAUUGCAAGAUUAAGAGUGAAAAAGUGGUAACUUCCACUUUAUUCCCUUUAGACCAGGUGUUUUGAGUGUUUUGGGUUUUGUUUUCUAUUUUUAAUAUCCAGUUCAACUGCUCUGUCUCCACUAAUUUUCUGCUCCCAUACUUUUAAGAGAAAGAACAAAGCAGUACAAAACCUGCAUGGCAGAUAACCUACCUCUCCCUACUAUUAUUAUUAGACUAGUGUAAUAAAAAUUGUUGUCACUUAUUAAGACAUUAUUGUCAGCAGUUGUUUCUUAUCCUGGUUUUAACUUGAGGAAGCUGAGAUAUAAGAGGAUAAUAGCAUUUUGUUCGAUGCUGGGAGCAACUUCAGAAAAAUUCAUUUGACAAAAAUCUGUGGAAUGUUUACAGCAGACCAGAUGUAAAAUGCACCGGCUCCCUUCAUUCCUGGUUGGGUGGGCUAAAUAUUUCAAGAUUUGAGAAAUAAUAAUUUUACUUAAUAAGCUAUAAAUUUUAGUAAAACAAUGAAGAUUAAAAGGAAUUUGAACUGUUUUGGUGAAGAAUAUUGUGCUUAUUUCAUAAUGUGCUACAAGCCUGUGCUAAUCAAAUAUAAGAGUUGUGUAAUUCUGUUUUGCAUAAAUAUCAUUACAAAUGCAGAUUUACUUGCCCCAUUCUUAGAAAUUUGAUUCUAGGACAUUAGUGCUUUAGCCUAGAAACCUGAAUUUUUAAUGUUUUCCUCCCUUCUCAAUUCUGGUUGCAGAUGCUAGGCCAGACAGUGAAAUUUCUAGGUUAUAGGCCUUGAAAUUCCUAACUUCUGCUUACUGCUGCACUCCUAGAAGGUCUCUAGAAAAAAAAAUGGGAACUAGGUGAGGCAAUCUGAAAAAAAUCUACCCUCCAUCCCAGCUGUCACUAGUUGGCUGAUGUAACCUCAUGUAACCCCUUCAAGUCCUGAAGCCUCUAGAAACUCCUCUUCUGUCAUUUUACAUAAUGACCCUAGUGCUGAUUAUAUGACAGGGUUUAUGGGGGUCACAUGAAUCAUUUGAGAAUUUUUGAAGCACUAUCACAACUGACAUAAUAUUUCUAGUCAUCCAUGAAUUUCUCUAAACACUUUGGAAGGUGCUUUUACACUUUGGUCGUAUUUUCAUUGUAUUUUAUUUUUAAAAGACUAAAAGAAUAUUUGUCCUAACCACAUGUUCAAACCUCUGCUUGUCUCUUAGCCUGGUCAUCUUCCAAGUUGUGCUAAUCUGGUACCAAGGUGUGACUAUGUGUGGCUCUCUACAUAUGCUAUGAGGCACUGGUUAUUGUUAAAAAGACCUCCAGGACUUGAAGCUCAUCUCUCUGUAGUGAAGCAGGAGUGGUAAUGGCUUCUGGUUGUAGAACAGUUAGUAGAGGAGAGGCUCACAACAAUUCUGAAACAUCAUUUUUGACAAGUUUUUAAAAAUCCUAUCACUUUUCAACCGUCAUUUCUUCUUGCCAUAUGAUCUUUCCUGGGACAUUAUCUUUCCCUUCCUGUCCAGCAACUAAAAGUAACAGCUGUCAUUUAUGAAACUUUUAUUCUGUGCUGAUGAUCACUGUGCCAAGGGCUCUGCUGUAUUAUAUCAUUUACUUCCUCCAGCAGUCCUAGAAACAAGUAAUAUCAGAAUCUCCAUAUGACACAGGAAACAGGAUAAAUGGAGCCUCUCCAAAUUCCUGGUCCCUCUACUAUGGAAAUCCCCUCCAACAGACUUUUCUCUAAAUAUAUGAGAAUUUGUAUUAUUGUAGUCUUCCUCAUAGAUUUUCAUUUACAUAGUUACAUUUUUAGCUUUGGUAUGAUUUUCUAGUCCACAAUACCUGCUCUGAAUUCCCAGCAGGUUUAGUAGAGUCUGUAUUAGUCUACUCAGGCUGCUAUAACAAAAUACCAUAGACUGGGUGUCCUAAAUACUUUUUUUUUUCAGUUCUGGAGCCUGAAAUUCUUAGAUUAAGAUGCUGGCAGGCGUGGCUUUUGGCGAGGCCUAUCUACUUGGCUUGUAGGCAGCAGCUGUCUUUCUGUGUCCUCGUAUAACCUUUCCUCUGUACAUGUGCACAGAGAAAGCUCCAAUGUCCCAUCCUCCUAUAAAUUCUAUCAGAUUAGUACCCUAACUUUAUGACCUCAUUUAACCUUAAAGCCUUAUCUCCAAGUAUAGUCACAUUAGGGAUUAAGACUUUAAUGUGUGUACUUGGGGGGGGGGGGGACACAAUUCAGUCCCUAACAGAGUCUAUUCUUGGUCUAAGCAAGAAUACAUUGGACAGCAUCAUCCUUUCCUCGCCAGCUUGUUAUUCAUUACAUACAGUGUGAGCAUUCGUGGGAGAGUAUUCCUUCCACUUUUCCUUUCCAGAGGAGCUCCAAACAGCAACCUUAUAAAUGUGUUCUUACAAUUGAUGAAGAAUGGGAAGAUUUGCUAUGGCUUUUGUGAAAGAUAUGUGAAUCUGUAAUACAUAUGCAUGUACAAAAAAGUUUAAAAUACACUUUGGCUUACCACAUCUAAAUUUUAUGCUCAUAGUUAAAUACUUUCUGCCAUUUCUAGCUUUCGUGGAAAUUUGUAAUAUUAAGUAACAUCUUAGUUAUUACAAUUUUACCCACCAAUAACUUCUUUUAUGCAUAUUACUUAAAGUAACAUCGAAAUUUGCAUAAAAUAGUACAAAAUUGUUUCAUGAAUGAGUUUUUGUUUGUUCGUUCUAUCUUUCUUUCAUUUUUUAAAAUUUUGGGUGUUUAACCAAUGAUGUAUCCCUGGUCCUUUUUAUGUUUUUAUUUUGAGACAGGGUAUUGCUGAAUUGCUUAAGGCCUUGAUAAAUUGCUGAGGCUGGUCUCAAGCUUGCACUCCUCCUGCCUCAGUCUCCUGAGUUGCUUGGAUGAGUUAUUUUAAAUUACAAUAUUAAUAUUUAGUGCAAACCAUCUAAUACAUUUUCAACAUGAAAAUCCAAAUGAAAAGCAGUAGGAAUUAAAUGGAGAGGGAAGUGAACAGAAAUGUAGACUUACUAAUUCUUUUUUUAUAAGGAAAAUCUCAGUGAAUUUUCUGCAUGGUGGCAUCAGUGAUUGUACAGGGACCUAGUGGUUCUGAUUUCUCAUGGCAGAUGGAAAUGACCAGGUGUAUAACCAAGGCUGAAUCCCCACUCCCAGAGACUCCUCUGUAAUUAUUAUUUUUAACGUGGGUAGUAAACUUUUCACAAUGAGACGCAUCCAUGCACAAGUCAGGGAUUAUGCUUUCAUUCACCUAUUGUGCUUUUUUAUUUUCUUAAUAAAAUUAAAAUGUCAGGUGAUAAGAUACAUACAGACUAAUCUGAAUCUGGAGCUCCAUAAACAUCCAACAUGGUGAAUGCAGGGGUGUCCUUGUAGGGUGAUAAACCAUAAGUUCAUCAAAGUCUUGAAGUACCACUCCCACCUUUUUUCUUUGGUCAGUAUUUCCAGGCAAUGAAACAUUAAUAGCUGAAUGGAGUUUUCCUAAGAAGUACCUGUCCAAGCUUCUAGAUCUGAUUUUACAUUUGACUACCAACAUUUUUUAAAAAGGAAGUUUAACAUACCCCUGUUCAGGGAAUAUCACUAAUUAUUUAAUUGACAAAGAUAUAUUUUAAAAACUCCCUCUAAAUGUUUUUUUUUCUAAAUAUUUUACUGUGAUUACAGGGAUCAAUUUUAGAUACAGAGAUGGCAUUUCUAGAGAACAUUAGGAAAAAUGUUGAUAAUUACUGUUUUUCUAAACCAAUACAACUGUUUGGUCAGGAACACUAAAAUUUGCUUUGUUAAUAAACUUGUGGGGUUUUUC